CCCAUCCGACCAUCCCAACAUGACGACGCCAGAGCCUCGAGAAGCAAACAUGCACGAAUCAUGGGACCUCGACACGGAUGAAAUCCGGUCCACGGCCUCGGACGAGCUCCACGCCACGCGCCCCAACCGCUGGCGCGGCGCCGCCUCGACCUGGCGUCACUGGACCGAAGAAGAGCGCCUACUGUACCAGUCCCUCGAACGGCUGCGCGACCAGGACUUGUCAAUCCACCUGUACAACGCAUUUGCGUUGAAGAAUCCGAAGAAUAGAUCAGCUUCAGGCGAUCGGGGCGUCCCGCUCGGGGAAGACGAGAUGGACAUUGGAAACUGGAAACCCCCGCAGUCCUGGUCGGCGUGGCCUCUGCCAGCGCACCGGGUUCCUUCCGAGUCGCUGCUCAAGGAGACGCACGAUGAGCACGAUGAAUUUACGCUCCAGAGGAGAGAUGGACCGGCGGAUGCAGUGCCGGGGCGGGUGCUGGAGGAUGAAGUCGCUGCUGCUGUGCUCAGGAUCGCCAAAGAGCGGUUUCGGGAAAGAGAAAGGGAAAGGGAAGGAGAAAUGGCGGCGGAUGAGAGUCAUCGUGACCCUCUGCGAACUGGGACACAUUCUGAGUCUCACUUUGAGGCUUCGGAUGGAGGGUCAGCAACAGACUCUUCCUCGGCUUCUGUCCCAGCGGAUGACGACACCUUGGAGUUCAAACGGGACCCCGCCCCCGGGGUUGAAGAGAUGGACCUAGACGAACAGGAGGAGGAGGAGGAGGAGGAGGAGGGAGAUGAGACGACCCGGCAGCCUGCCCGUGAUCGAAAGGAAUACGUCCCCGUAAUCUCGGCGGAUGACGACUUGUCCCACGCACUUUUACGGCCAGCUGUCCGGCAUAUAUUAUCGCAAGUAGAUGCUACACUGACGACACUGCACAACGUGCGUAUGGCCAGCUUAUCGACGCUCGACCGGCACGACGAUUCUGAUAGUGACAUAACAUCGGCCGUCUCGGGCAUGGAGACGGAUGCCAGUCGUGCUCCGUCUGCUGCCACCUCCAAGAACCGGAAUCAGAAGAGGAAAAGGCGAGUCAACGGCAAAGCACCGACAACACGGAACGAUAGAAGCAAAUCCAAAGGGAAGAGGCGAGCCGAACGACCUCCGUCUACAAACAGCGACGACAUCAACGACGGCCACGAUGACUACGGUGACGACUUGGCAGACGACGAGUCGGCAUCCGACACCAGCGCGGCCCAUUCACGGCAAGAGGACGAAGGAAGCAGACCUCAUACUGGUCGCCUGCGAACCGCGUCAUCCGACGACGGCCAAUCGAGGAUGUUCUGGCGCGAAGGCCGCCUCCGGCGCUGGGCGCUCUUCGACUGGCGCGACGUCCUCGGCGCCGCGGCCCUCUCCGGCUUCGACGGGGACGUGGCGGCCCGCGCAGCGCAACGGUGCGCCGACCUCUUCGGGCGGAGCAUGGAGUUCCGCACGCUGGAGGCAAAAGCGACCAAACCCACAACCACAGCCACAACCACAACCACAACGGCCGGGCAGCGGCGCUACGUUACUACCAGGGUCUGCCGUCCCGGGGAAUGCCUCCCGCCGCUUUCGGGCGAGGAGUCGGGCGACGCGGAGGAAGUGCAUCUCGAGGAGACGCGGCGGCGGCUGCGCGAGGUGGCGGCGGAACGGCACGGGAGGCGGGUGACCCGUCGGGAGGCGGCGGCCGCUGGUCACACAUUUCCGCCUUUUACGUUCAGCUCGGGUGACGAGAAGGGGGAAGAGGGGGAGGAAGAAGACGAAUAUGAAGAAGAAGAUCACGAAGAAGAAAUGGUCACUGCCGACGAGGCCCCCGACUUCAACAACGACGACGACUUGAGCUCCAUUGACAUCACGCGGGUUGAGGCAGCACCCGACGGACUCUACUAUUGUCCGGUUUUUUACUGCCGAAGACAUAAGAAGGGCUUCCCGCUAAGACGCGGCGUGCGAGAGCACUUCAAGCUGACGCAUGGACAGCCUUCAAGCGAGAAGGGGACAUCAUUCUACUGCCCCGUAGGGACGUGUAGGUACCACCUGUUGAGUUUCAAAGCGAAGAAGAGUCUGAAGGCGCAUUUACGAAAGAUGCAUACCGUGGAGGAAGUGCAAGUCGCCGAGGGGCAGAGGCGGGCGGAGGACAUGGCGGCCGAAACAGCAAGAGUAGUGCAAGGAGAAGAGGGGCAUGGUGAGAAAGGGCAGAUCACGUCAGUGAUAGAAGCAUUAGUGAAAAGCGAGGAUGAGAUGGAAGGAGGCGUGCAUGUGGAUGGGUUUCUGCGUCCCAUCAAGAUCCGAAAGGGGUGGUUAACGAAGGGCGGGAGGGAGGUGGGACAACGGAAUAAGGUGCGUCGAGUAUCGUGAGGCUUUAGUUGAUGAUUGAUCUACGGGCAGAC